UUUUUUUUGUUAUUCCUCGUUUUUGUGCUCCAUUCGUCUCAAUGGAAGAUAGACAGGCCGCGGCUUUGCGCAGGUUACAGGUGCUCUCGCCGGGAUUCCUCCCCGACGUUGGUCUGUCGGGUGGAAGUCUGAGACAAGCUCCCUGCUCUUCCUCUCCAUCCAAGCAGGAAGAUAGCAGCGAUCUUGUCUCCGUGCCGCCGCAUUUGUUUCGGGACGCUCCAGUCUCAUCAAGAAGUCAGUAUGAAUCACUUUACUCCCAAUCCCUGGGAGAUCCCGACGGGUUUUGGGGGGGAGAAGCAAAGUGUUUGUUUUGGAAGAAUCCAUGGGACGCUGACCGUCCCGUCUGUGCUUACAACUUCGACAAACGCAAAGGGCCCAUCUUUGUGGAGUGGUUCCGAGGAGGCUAUACGAAUGUUUGCUUCAACGCCAUCGAUCGACACGUUGACUCUGGAAGAGGAAACCAGGUCGCUGUUUUGUGGGAGGGAAACGAUCCCAGAUUCAAUGCCCGCAUCACUUACAGUGAAUUGCUUAGAUACGUUUGUCAGGUUGCAAACUUGCUGCGCUCGCGAGGAGUAAAGAAAGGUGACCGGGUCUGCAUUUAUAUGCCCAUGAUCUUGGAACUUCCCGUGGCGAUGCUCGCCUGUGCUCGCAUUGGUGCUAUUCAUUCCGUUGUCUUUGCUGGAUUCUCCGCCGAGGCGCUUUCAGGCCGAAUCCUUGACUGCCAGUCGCAAGUAGUGCUAACUUGCUCGGCGGUUCGAAGAGGAGACAAGAUGCUCCUACUCAAGGAAAUAGUGGACGAAGCUUUGCAGCUGUGCUCGCAAAGAUCAGGAUUCUCCGUUGAGACGUGCGUAGUCUAUGAUAACGAGACUGCAGUACCGCGCAAGAAUGUAGCUUGGCAAGCUCGAGACAUUUGGUGGCAGGACGCGGUGAGGGAGUGUAGCACAAGUGCAGAAGUAGAAUGGAUGGAAUCAGAGGAGCCAUUGUUUAUGCUCUACACAAGUGGUUCUACAGGAAAGCCAAAGGGUGUUCUUCACACUGUUGGAGGCUACAUGGUGUACGCUUCCACGACUUUCAAGUACUGCUUUGCUCCGCGCAAGGAAGAUGUUUUCUGGUGUACUGCCGACUGUGGAUGGAUAACGGGCCACACAUACGUCGUGUAUGGGCCCUUGCUGAAUGGUACAACCUCUCUAGUCUACGAAGGGGUCCCGGCCUGGCCUCAUCCGGGUCGCUGCUGGGAAAUAGUAGACAAGUACAAAGUCACCGCAUUCUAUACCGCACCGACGCUCAUUCGAUCCUUGCAGGCGUACGAUAAAGAGCAUGUCAAGAAAUUCUCGCGGUCCACCCUUCGGCUGCUAGCCACGGCCGGAGAGCCAAUCAAUCCAAAAGCUUGGAACUGGUACUUCGACGUGGUUGGCGAUAGAAGAUGUCCGAUCUUAGAUACAUGGUGGCAAACGGAGACAGGCGGAGUUAUGCUCACGCCUCUACCCGGUGCGUGGCCUUUGAAACCAGGAUCGGCAACUCUUCCUUUCUUUGGAGUGGAGCCAGUAGUUUUGGAUCAACAAGGCAAGGAGCUGAAGGGCCCUUGCGAGGGCUACCUGUGUAUACGGCGUCCGUGGCCAGGAAUCGCCCGGACGAUUUACGGUGACCACAAGAGAUACGAGGAGACGUACUUUAGCACCUGGCUGAGUUACUACAACACCGGAGACGGGUGCCGGCGUGAUGAAAAUGGCUACAUUACUAUCACGGGACGCGUUGAUGAUGUUAUCAAUGUCAGUGGUCACAGAAUAAGUACCUCAGAGGUGGAAGCUGCUCUGGCUUCUCAUCCCGGAUGUGCUGAAGUUGCUGUGGUGGGAUUUCCACACGAGGUGAAGGGAGAGGGAAUCUACGCCUAUAUCAUCCAGAUGGACGGGCAUACAGACAGAGGCGAGCUGAUCAAGGCCUUGAAAGUUCUAGCCAGAAAAGAGAUUGGAGGAUUUGCUGUUCCGGACGUGCUACAUUUCGUUCCGGGACUCCCCAAGACGCGAAGUGGGAAAGUCAUGCGAAACAUUCUUCGUAAAAUCGCCUCGAACAGAACUGACCUGGGCGACACAAGUACGCUGGCUGACCCGGCUGUAGUUUCAAAAAUUAUUAGCUCCAAGAUGUAAAACAAAGAACACCAAUGUGAAGUGAUACCAUUUUCCAUC